AAGGAGUUUGUUGGCGCUCAUCAGUACUCCAGGACCUGGGCGAACAUAUACCAUGGACCAGAGUUUUGAGCGGGUUAUGACGACCUUGGAAAAAUAUUACCAGCAGAAAAGAUCGACCAUGACUUCAUCAGAUUCAAUAAUUUGGCCACCGCCUGAUCUUCCUGGUGACCUUUGGACAUCACCCCCUGACCCUAAUAAACCACCCUUGCGUAAAGCGUGGUUGCAAGCUAAGGAAAAAUCGACUGCGAAAUUGGCGACAAACAACGAAAACAUAAGUACGCGAGGAAAAGGAAAGCAGAGGACGUUAGCGUGGCGAUCCUUCAAACAAGUUUCGGUGGCGGGCAUCGAUGCUGCCCUUGACCGACACUCACCCCUUCUGCGACGCCUCCUGUGGGGGUGCGUGCUUAUUAUCUGCAUGACCCUUAUGAUGGCACAAUGCCUUAACCGAGUAUACAGAUAUCUCGAGGAGCCUGUAAAUGUGAACGUGAGAGUGACUCACAAUCAAAGUUUAGAAUAUCCUUCCGUAACAGUUUGCAACCGUAACAGCUUCAACGUGACCGCCGCCCUCGAAAUGCUAAUUGAAAAUAAGCUUUUGCCACCCCAGGCAACCGAGAAAGACGCAAAUAUCUCCAAUCUUGUCGGAGUAAACGGACUGACGCCUACGAAAAUUUGGGAAAGAUUAGCGCAUAACAUGGACGUUUUUGUUACCGAGUGUUGGUUUGGACGUGGAACAAGAUGCAGAUCUCAAGGGGUUUGGAUGUUAGUGCAUACAGUGACGGGACCUUGCUUGACUUACAGGCUAAAUUACUCGCACGUACAUUUUGUAGGCAGUUUUCACAAUUUGUAUUUGAAACUGUGGGAGUCGACACCAAAAAUUGAAGAUUGGGGGUUUCGGAUUCACGUGCAUGAAGCGUCCGAGGUGCCGAUUUUGACCUCUCGGACGCACGCCAUGACUGCAGAGCUCGGCUGGAGCAGAGAAGUCAAGAUGGAAUUACGAAAGUUUAACACACUGAGCACCGCAAAGUCGCCGUGCAACAAUCAUAAAGGUUACUCACUGGCGCAGUGCCAGCUCGAUUGCUUCCAGGCGUUCAUGUUGGAGCAAAGUGGCUGCAGAAUGCCCUACAUGACUGAGAAAUAUUCCAAUCUAAGCGAGUGCGCGACUCCAGACGAGUACCAGGCGGCCAUGAAUGCAAUGCAAUCGCUUCUCAUCUCGGGCGGUUGGUCGGCCAACACGUGCAAUUGUCCGCAGCAAUGCAGGCAAACCGCUUUUCAGAUGUACCCGGAAAACAUCGCUUUCGAAACUGACCGAGUCAAGCUGCGAAUAUUUUACGAGGAUCUAGUUUACGAACAAAUAACGGAGGACAUCGCUUAUAACCUGAUCGCCCUUUUGUGCGACAUCGGAGGCACUUUGGGCCUUUUGAUGGGCGCCUCGGUCCUCACGAUGUGCGAGCUGCUCGAAGUGCUGUGGUCGCGCUUCAUGCAAACCUGCUGCCAGUCCACGAAUCCGUCGGCAAACGGGAGACGCCGCAAAAAGAGGAAAAUCUCGACGGUUGCAGAACGGGUUUGAAAGUUUAUUUUUGUGGUGAGAUAUUAUGUCAGUGUGUGAUAAAAAUGUUCAAUUUGUUUUUGAAAUGUUGUAGUUCAUAUCAUAUAUAUUUUAUUGAACGUGUAGAAACGAAUUAUUAUAUAAAUUUGAAAUAAUAUGAUUUAUACACACACAUAUAAAAUAUGUACAAAAAAUGUGUCAAUAAAGGCAGAA